UAAUUGGGGUUGGUAACUCGGACCUAAAAUCUCUUAUAAAGAUAUCUGGAAGCCUAAUUGGCCACCUUUAGUGGUUACCAUAAACUUGCAAGUCAUUAGACCAAACCAGCUGAACAACUAAUGCAUAUUAUUAAUUAAGAAUGUUGAAUAAAUUAAGCUGCUUACAUAUCAGUUAUAAUGUUCAUGUAUAUGGUAUAGUACUUGUAACUGAUUUUUAAUUAAGCUAAGAACUACGGUAUAAACUUUUAUAUAAAGUGAGAUUUAUGUAGGGUAGGUGACUUGUAGGAAUGGGGAAAAUUGGUCAUCAGAUGACGAUGUGUGAGGUUCAAACUGUCUUGGGAAACCAAAACUGUCUCUUGUGGCUUAUGAUCUACUACUUCAAACUAAAAUAUAUUAUAAAAAUACUAAUUUAAAACUAAAUUAAAAAGGAAAAAAAAAAAAGAAAUAGAAUAAAAAAAAGUAGAAAAUGAUGGGUAUAAAAGAGAGUGGAAUGGUGAAGCUGAAUGAGAUCAGAGUCGAUUCUAGCUAUCAACAUGUCUGCAACAAUUGGAAGAGGAGCUCAAAACAUGAAUGCCUCUUAUAUCAAGCCGGCAUUGAGAAAGGCGUAUCAUAAAAAGAGCGGAGGCUCGGACGCUACAAAGUUGAACCAUGACGAGGCUAAGAACAAGAACCUCCACGCUGGAUCUCCACCGGAUAACGUUGUUUGGAUACCGGAUAGUCGUACUGGAAUCUAUUAUCCCAAGGGACAAGAAAAGGUGAUUCAAGAUGUUCCUUCCCAUGCUGCCAAGGAUCACACUGUUAAUUGGUUUUCUAUGCCAUAAAACAAAAAUAUGUGUUGGAAUAUUCUUUCUUAAUUGCUUGCAAGUUUCUCACCUUGUUAUCAUUUUGGAAUAAUGAACAAUAAGUUAAAUACGAUAGACUGAUAGAAUAUCGUAAUACGUGUGUA